GUCGCACCUGGCAAACUUUGACAUCAGGAAUAACAAUUAACAAGCAAACAAGCGCAGACGGAUUUAUAAUAUUUCGGAAUUAGGGUUUAUUUGUUUGUUUUCAUUUCAUAUGCGAUCGUUAGAGAGAAAUGGUGAAUAUCAGAUAUACAUACAUACACAACGCUGUUAAUAAUAACUUUCACGCCGUGGUGGAUACGCAUCACGUUGUUGCUCGGAACACUGUUUUCAAAUCAGUUAUUGUUUACCUUGUUGCGUCACUCAUUGUUUCAUAUGCUUCAUUUCUUCAUCUCCACAAGGGGACACCAAUCACCACUGUUAUAUGGAGCCUAUUUUUUGGUGCUUUUCUGGUCAAGUUACUUAUCUGGAGACCGAUUGUGAAAGAAUCCAUCGUAAUUUUGCCUGCGUUUGGAGUCCAGCUUGAAACUCAUUAUGGAAGUGGAAGGAUAAGGCGGCGCUUUAUUCCUGAAAGUAAGAUUCUUAAGCCAGUGCUAAAUGAAUGUGUUACCCCAAUAACCUGUUUCUGGUGCUUAUCUCUCCUGGUUCGCGAUGAAGAUCAGCUUACCUUAGUUUUUGAGAAAUUCCGUCCACCCUUGGGAAUGUUAGUACCCAUCUGGAAAGCUUUAUGUGCUGCCGCUGAUUGUAAAGAAAGCUCCGUGCCAUUUCAAGAAGAUGAGUAAGCUGCUGGCUUGUGGCAAGGACCAUACAACAUAUCUGUGCAAAAGGGACUCAGGGAAAUUGACAAAUGAUUAGAUUGAUGGAAUCGCACAUGCUUGGAUGCCUCUAUACAGCAAUCUUCUCUCGUUUUAAGGUGUGUCAUAGCUCUCGAUCAAGACUUGUAUCAGCUUUGUCAUGGUUUCAUGUUCUUUCUAAACAUGAACAAAUAGACAAUUAGAGUAUCACCACAGCAGCAAUUUUGCAUCAACAAUCUGGAAGGUCUCCUUAUAAUGAACAUCAGAUAGAUUGUGUAUUAGAACUUAGAACCUUGAAAGAAGAUUUAAUGAUUUAUGCACACAGUCCAUUGUUUCUAUAGAAAUAGUAUUCCAUUUUUGUAGGAAAGCUUUUUUUUAGCUUUUAUUGUAGAUAAAAAACACAACCCAAAUACAAUCUUAGUAAUUGCUGAUUUAUAUAGUUUCGAUUUGGGCCAA